UGAAAACAAAAACUAAUUUACCCAAAUUCACAUAUAAAAAACACAGAAAUUGCUAAAACAAUAUAUACAAAAACCUUAUGGGCAGUGGCAGCAAUAUUGUCACCCAAUUGGCAAGAAAGUACGGUGCAGUGGUUUUCUUUCCUACUGUAGCAGUUGGUUCCAUUUACGCCGAUUGGUCGCAUACUCGAGAGUGGAAGCGCCAGAAACAACAACUGGCACGCAGCGAACAACUAAAGAGUCAAAGCUAAGUUAACGUCAAAUCCACAAUUUGUACUCAGCAACAACAUGGUUCUGGGUCUGGAUAAACGAAUUCUAUGGGCGGGUCUGCCUCUCUUGGGCUUUGCCAUUGGCCAUUUUCUUGACAAGAAGGAGACGGAACGUAUGACAUUGUUCCGGGAUAAGAGCGCUUUGUUUGGCCGUCCGGAAGGCAGCGAGAAACAGGAGCCCUCCUGGUGAUAAAGAUAACUAAACAAAAUGUUUUCUUUUUCUUCUCCCAAAUAAACUGUAGAAUUAUGGUCAAGUGAA